CAAAGGGAAAUACAUAUACACAGCUCACAGCUGCAAGGGUAUCUUGUGUGGCUAACGGAUAUGACAAUGGUAGUGUGGUUCCCCCCCUCCAUUAAUGCCCAACCCAUUUCCUUAUCUCCACCUUGCUACUGCUCGCUGUGCUGAUGCCAACGCCGCCGACGGUUUCAAUUCUAUCUUUAUCCCUAAAACCAUACUGUUCUUAGACCACUGUGUUGUUUCUUCUGUGAUCCACUUAUAUAAUAUCUCAUUAACACUCCCUCCCUAUUAGUCCUCUGAGAGUCAUUGAGAUCGAGUUGAGACCUGACCUGACCUGACCUGAUCUGCUCUGUCUGUCUCUCUUAGAGGCCCAAACAAAGGAACCCGGGAAGAGGAAGAAGAAGAAGACAGGAAUGCAAGAAAUGGAGCUCAAGCCCAGCAUUAUAACCCUCCUCUUCCUCUUCUUCAUCCUGUCUCUGCCCAACUCGUCUCAAGGAGCUGGAGCUGGAGCUGGAGCCAAUUCUGCAAUUUUAGAAUCAGAGAUUUAUGAGAUUGAUUACCGAGGCCCGGAGACCCAUUCAUAUGUUCCUCCCCCAGAUCGAACAGGAUUAGGUGGUCAUGGAAGACCUUUUGUUCAUUACCAUGGUCCAGGAAGAACUAAUGAUGGAACUGAUAGACCAUAAACGGAUAGGGAAGAGAAACAUAUAUACAAGGCCACUUGAUUGCUCGGACUUGAGUUACUACCAUUACAACUCUCUUCCAAUGUUUCAAAUUUGGGACAUUGGGAAGAUAAAUAUAGAUGGAAACUAAAUCAAAUUCUAUCUUUGAUUCUAUGUAAUACUCUUCAACUUUCUUAUUCUUGUUCAUGUAAAUAAGGAAUAUCACUGUAUCGUAAUUGAUGAUAGGAAUAUAUUCUGCUGUUUGCCUAUCACUA